AUGCAAUACCUUGAGUCACCCACGGAAACUAGCUCAACAACGUCAACAAAUGUCACGAAUCAUAAACAAAAGAAUCAACAGAAAAGAGAGAUCUUCCCUUUUACAUCGACUCGGGUCUUUUUGGGGCAAGAGAUCACCGAUUUCGAUCCAGAGCUUCGAAAAUGUCUCGAUCGAGAGAUGAAAAGAAUUUUCUUGAAGACGAAUUGCCUAAAUUUGGAGCAUGUUUCGAUUUUGCCCAUUGAUUUAUGCUAUCAAAUGGCUAACUUCACAGCUGGACUUUCGAAAGAUCAGAGACCACAAAAAGUGAGCAUUCAAACGAAAAGAAAGACGAAACAACAGAUUAUCAACGAUGAGGUUGACGAGAUUUAUGCAAAGUGGAGCUUCGAGAAUGCGAUCAUAUUUGCUUUCACUGUCAUUACAACGAUUGGCUACGGUCACGUGGCUCCGGUCACUUUCUGGGGUCGAGUCUUUUGUAUCGUUUAUGGAGUGAUUGGUGUCCCAUUAACUCUUCUCACCAUCGCCGAUAUGGGAAUGUUCAUCUCAAUGAUAUUGAAAAAGAUUACUCAAUUCGUUCGCUCGAUUCCUCGCUUUUUCCGUGCUUUCUCUCGGGUUUUGGGAAAGUUGUUUAAAAGAAAGAGAAAAAGAGGCAGCACAAUCACAUCAACUCCUCGAGUAGUAAAUCUUGAAGCUGAACGAUUGAAAGAUGAAAGAUUGAUCGAUGUAAAAGAGAUCGAUUUCGAGGAAGAUAAGGAAGAAAUGGACAAUGAAGAUGAAAGAGAAGAGGAAGAAGGAGAAGAGGAAGAAGGAGAGGAAAAAGGAGAGGGGAAGAGAACUGAUGAAUCGAUUCUUCUGUGCACGAUUUUCAUGCUUUAUUUGGGUUUUGGAGCUUGGGUUCUAUCACGAUAUGAACCAGACAUGGAUUUGUUCAAAGCUUUCUACUUCAAUUUUGUCACUCUCACCACCAUCGGAUUGGGAGAUUUCGUGCCGAAAAGUUACGAAUACCUCUUCAUCACUUUGUGCUAUAUAGGGAUCGGUUUGGCGUUGACAACAAUGGCUGUGGAAAUUGCGGCUGAUGCCCUUAAAAAGUUGCAUCAUUUCGGGAGAAAAGUCGAAAAUGUCGCGCAGACAAUGGUGUGGUUUGGAGGAAAGAAAAUGACAAUGAAAGCUUUGGUGAAACAUUUGGGUGAUCAGCUGAAUAUUCCUGAAGAGGAAAUGGCAAAGUUCAACUUUGAACAAUUCGUUGAAAAUGCGGUGAAAGUGGAGGCGGGAGAGAUGAAAACCCUCAGAAAACCAUCAAAAGAUUUGGAUGAAUUGGGCGAUGAUGGUGAGGUUAAAUUCCGAGAUCGAUCCCUCUCCUAUACUCAAUUGAGACACUCCGAUGAAACUGAUGCAAUCAAGUUCGCUGAUGAGAAAUCGCAAAGAUAUGGGAAAGACGGUGUCCCAUUAGCCGACGAGACGGGUCGAACGGUGACAUCAAAUCGACGAAAAAAGACAAAUAAUGGUCAUUUGAGUGCCACGGAUAGAGAUGCACAAUGGACAUUUCGAGGAAAGAAUUUAUUGACUCAAAUGCCGCGUCUCUCUCUUCAUCCAUCAAUCCAAUCGUAUUCCUCGAAUUCCUCGUAUGAUGAGGGUUUCACAGUAUCCGCGAUGAAAUCUGCAGAAGAACAGGAUCGGAGAUCGAAUGAA